AUGCGGUCACAGUACCGCUUCUUCAUCUCCAUCCCCAUCCCAAACACCCUGCCACCCGAGAUUGUCCUCAAUUUCAUCCAGACAUACACACCAACCCUCCAGAGCAAUCCUGUAAUCGCCGACUUCGCGGAGAAGCCCACAGAUAUCGACGGCAUCACCAGCGACCCCUUCUUCGGUCCCCCGGAUAACACCCUCCGCACCUUUGAGAUCCACGAAGUCAUCACGCUGGCCCCCGGUCUACGAAAGGAAACGAGGUGGCCGACCGUCUUCCAGUGCACCCCGCAUGGCAUCCGAUCGCGUGCCAACGCUACCGCGGGCAUUGUGGUCUGGGCUGAGUGGGUAGUCCGUCCGCGCCAAGAUUCAUCGGCGGGAUCUCCAACUGAGCCUGGAAACACUCCCAGUACAGAACAGACGCUGGGGGAGGAGUGGGAGCUGUAUGAGGAGGUGACUAUCGAGGCCAACCGUCUUGUGAUGCCCUUUGUUUCUCGAACGUCGAAUGAUGUGCAUCGUGCAAUUUGUCACAAAGUGUUGGACGAGGCUAUGAAAGGAUAUGUCAAUUGA